AUGCUAGACCCUCUCCCGCCUCCUCCACCAUGGGCUGUUAGUCUGGUGAAGCCCUUCAGCGAGGCUCUCCAUCUCCCUUCUCUGCCGUAUCACAUUCACGAAGUCGUGGGAGCAUUCCUCCUCUACCAGACAACCCAAUCCAUCAUCUCGCCCGUUCUCUCGAAUUUCCUGUUCCCCAACAUCUAUCCCAAGCUCACGCGACGCACUCGCGUGAAUUGGGAUGUGCACGUGGUGUCCCUCCUGCAGUCGUGUGUCAUCAAUACUGCGGCUUUAUGGGUGAUUUUCAAGGAUCAAGAGCGAAAGGAUAUGCAAAGAAGUCCAAUUGAGCGAAUAUACGCGUACACUGGCGCCUCGGGGCUCAUUCAAGGUCUGGCGACGGGAUAUUUCGUCUGGGACCUUGUAGUGAGUGCGCGCUACAUUAAGAUCUUUGGUCCGGGUAUAUUGGCUCAUGCUAUCACGGCUCUUUCGGUGUUUGCCCUAGGAUUUAGACCAUUUUGCAACUAUUAUGGCCCGGUGUUUAUUCUCUACGAGCUAUCCACCCCCUUCCUCAACAUCCACUGGUUCUGCGACAAGCUCAACAUGACCGGGUCUCAGCUCCAAUGGUACAAUGGAAUGAUCCUUCUCUCCGUAUUCUUUGGCUGUCGCUUGAUUUGGGGAACUUACCAGUCGCUGCGGGUGUAUCAAGAUGUCUGGCAUACGAUGCACCUGAAUAUCCAGACGGGGUCAGUUCUUCGAGAGAUUCCUACCUCUCCCCAUUCUUCGAUAUUUGUCCCCAGAGAUGGACAACUCUGUCUGGGCGACAAGAGCUGCAUCGUAGCACAAACUGAAGUGAUGCAGUUUACUGGCCCGCACUCUAAAGCCGUUCCCUUCUGGCUGGCGGGAGUGUAUCUGACUUGCAAUCUGGUACUGAACUCAUUGAACUUCUACUGGUUCGGCAAGAUGAUUGAGGCGGUUCUCAAGAGGUUUGAAGGCAAACCCCACGAGGAAUUUCCUCGCGAACGAGAACGACAACGAAAGCAAAGUAUUGUGGAGGCGGCUGCGACCGAGCUCGACUAUGAAACUCUCUCAGGGCCCAAGAGCCUAGAUGAGGAGAGUGAUGAGAUGGGGGAGCCGACUGAUCUGGGGAAGAGCACAGCGCUUUCGGAUGGUGCAGCCGAAGCCAGGAAGCGAUAG